AUGUCCACCGUUGCAAAAAACACAAUCACGGCAACCUUGACUUCUACUACCACUAACUAUAGACGGACCUUAACAUUCUUGGCCAUACCAAACAUAGCUUCAAACAUACCAGACCAACCUAUCGACAGAACAUUGUUAAAAAUUCCCAACAAUUUAACAUUGGCUAACCCAGCAUUUUCAAUACCUGCUCCAGUUGACUUAUUACUAGGUGCUGGAGUAACACUGUCACUGUUGAGUAUUGGACAAAUCAAAUUAUCUCCUCCUGACGGAUCAGAUUUGUACCUGCAGAAGACACAAUUAGGUUGGAUAAUUGGUGGAAGUACUCCAACUCAUCGAUUGACCAAGGAAGCCACUUGUCAUAUUAUUACCCCAAUACAGCUUGAUUUGGCCCGAUUUUGGAAAUUAGAAGACGGUCCCCAAAUCCAACAUCUGUCUAAGGCCGACAGGGAAUGCGAAGAAUAUUUUAGGAAAACUAUAUCACGGACUUCCGAGGGUAGAUAUAUUGUAGCUCUUCUAUUUAAUGACAAACUUUCACAAUUAGGAGAAUCUAAAUCUCGAGCCUUGAAGAGAUUUUCAUCCUUACAAGGAAGAUUUAGACGCGAUGAAGAGUAUGGGCGGGCAUACCGAGCAGUAUUACCAGAAUACCUUGAUUUAAGUCACAUGUCCGAAACUCAAGUUCACAACGAAAAGGACGGGAUGUAUUACCUGCCGCAUCAUGGGGUGACUAAGAUCACCAGUGAUACCACCAAGUUCAGGGUUGUGUUUGAUGGCUCCGCAGCAACUUCUACAGGCGUUUCUUUGAACGAUACGUUACAUGUCGGUCCAAAGAUACAGGAUGACCUGUUGUACAUAUUAAUUCGAUUCCGAAACCAUCGGUAUGUAUUAACAGGUGAUAUCGAAAAAAUGUACAGACAGUUCCUAGUGCGUCCUGAAGACAGGAAGUACCAACAGAUUCUGUGGCAAACCUCAGAUCAAGCCCCGAAAACAUUUCAAUUAAACACAGUCACGUUUGGACUUUCCACCGCUCCAUAUUUGGCAAUCAGUUGCCUAUCACAAUUAGCUCAAGACGAAGGACACCGAUUUCCCCAAGCAGCACAGACCCUAAUCACAGACUUUUACGUGGAUGAUCUUUUAACUGGAACGGCGACGAUUGACGAAGCAUUAACAUUACAAAAUCAAUUGAUACAACUUUUACAAACGGCAGGACUAAACAUUCGUCAGUGGGCUUCCAAUCACAGGGCAUUACUUCAAAACCUUCCAGAACAAUCCAUUAACAAACGACUACACCUGGGCGAAUCAUCAACCAUUAAAACUUUAGGAGUGUUCUGGGACUCAAGUGACGAUACAAUCCGAUAUUCAAUCGCAAACCCGCCAUCAACAAAUUCUUUCACUAAACGAAGUAUCAGCUCCGUUAUCGCAAAAAUCUACGACCCUCUAGGACUGCUCGGACCUGUUAUCAUAUUGGCAAAAAUAAUGCUACAAAAAAUAUGGACUUUAAAAUUAGACUGGGAUGAGUCUUUACCAAUGGACACACAUACUGAAUGGUUCAAAUAUUAUAAAAAAUUACCGCUUUUGAACAACGUAGCUUUCAACCGACAAACCUUGAUCGAUGAACCUAGCAUAGUGGAGUUACAUGGUUUCAGUGAUGCUAGCGAACGCGCAUAUGGCGCUUGUCUUUAUCUCCGUUCCACAGACAAACACGGUCAAUGCAAAACACAACUCCUUAUGGCAAAGUCAGAAGUUGCACCUUUGAAAAGUCAAUCCAUACCGCGACUGGAACUGUGCGGAGCAUUACUACUUUCUUCACUAGUUACCACAGCUCAGAAGGCGUUGAAAAUAAAUAUUAACCGAACAAUAUCAAACAGGAUAUCCGAAAUUCAAAAUCAAACCAAUAUCACAGACUGGCGACACGUUUCUACUUCAGACAACACAGCGGAUCUCAUUUCUAGAGGACAAUUGCCCGAAGAUUUCUUACGUCCAUCGAUAUGGCAGACUGGGCCGAAUUGGCUGUACAACAUCGAAGAUCACUGGCCAACCACAACAAUCACACCUUGCAACACGACGUUAGAACAGCGGGAAGUAGUUUGUUUAGCCACAACUCUUCCUGAUACCAGUCUCCUGGAUCGUUUUUCUUCUUGGGAGAAGCUAGUACGGGUGAUUGCUUGGUGCCUCCAAUGGAAAUCAACCAAUCAUACAAAAGGACCCUUAACAGCAAAAGAAUUAAGACACGCCCAUGAUACAAUUAUCAAACUUGUACAGAAAAUCCAUUUUUCAGAUGAAUUAGAACAACUAUUAAAAGGCAAAAAUCCGCAUUUAAAAAAUAGAUUAAGAAGAUUAAAUCCGUUUAUAGAUUCUGACGGUAUCCUGCGUGUCGGGGGCCGGUUAAAACAUUCAUUAAUGCCAUUUGCACAAAAACACCCCAUCAUUCUACCCAAAAAUCGCAUUACCUUACUUAUCAUCGACGACGAACACAGAAAACAGUUCCAUACAGGUACCCAGACGACCCUUUACGCGGUCAGACGGCGCUACUGGCCCAUCGAUGGCCGGCAACAAGUGUGGAAAGCAAUAAAACCUUGCGUACGGUGUUGUCGGGCCCAACCACCGCCGGUCAGCUACUUAAUGGAUAACCUACCUGCCGCCAGAGUCACCGAAUCUCGACCAUUCACUCAUACAGGUGUGGAUUAUUGUGGACCGUUUUAUAUAAAAGAACGGAAGCAACGAAACCAUGAUCGGAUAAAGGUCUACGUUGCGGUAUUUGUUUGCCUAGCCAUCAAGGCAGUUCAUUUGGAAUUGGUCAGCGACUUAAUCACCGAGGCCUUCAUUGUUGCACUUAAGAGGUUUAUUGCACGACGGGGACUCUGUUCCCACAUUUACUCAGAUAAUGGGACCAACUUCGUGGGAGUGAAUAAUGAAUUGCGAGAAUUGCAACUAUUGCUACGUUCAGAAGAACAUCAAAACCAAGUGACGAUAUUUCUGGCAGGGAAAUCUAUAGAAUGGAAGUUUAUCCCUCUACUGACACCACACUUUGGCGGUUUGUGGGAAGCAGCCGUCAAAUCCUUCAAAUAUCACCUAAAACGGGUUGCCGGAUCCGAACUAUUUACAUUUGAGAAUUUUAACACUCUCAUCAUAGAAAUUGAAGCCAUUCUGAACUCCCAUCCAUUAACACCUAUAUCCUCAGACCAUAACGACCUGCUUGUCCUUACGCCAGGACAUUUUCUGAUUGGCGAUUCAAUAGCCAGUUUGCGUGAGAAAAAUGUUGCAGAGAUACCUACAAACCGCCUCUCGAGUUGGCAGCAAAUCCAAAAAGUAAAACAACAUUUUUGGGUUCGAUGGCACCGGGAGUACCUGAACGAACUGACCACACGCAGCAAAUGGACCAAAGGUGACCAUACAGUCAAGGAGGGCACAAUUGUCUUACUUCGUGAAGACAACGUUCCAUCACUGCAUUGGCCCUUGGCCAAGGUCAUCAAGGUUCACCCAGGAACAGAUGGAAUAGUGCGAGCUGUCACCGUCAAAACAGCCAAGGGUACGCUGGACCGGAGCAUCAAACGACUCGUUCCGCUGCCCAACCAAUCAAACCAAACUGUUUAA